AUGCUAGGAGCAGCUGGAGGCAUUCUUGGAAUGCUAGGAGCAGCUGGAGGCAUUCUUGGAAUGCUAGGAACAGCUGGAGGCAUUCUUGGAAUGCUAGGAGCAGCUGGAGGCAUUCUUGGAAUGCUAGGAGCAGCUGGGGGCAUUCUUAGAAUGCUAGGAGCAGCUGGGGGCAUUCUUGGAAUGCUAGGAGCAGCUGGAGACAUUCUUGGAAUGCUAGGAGCAGCUGGAGGCAUUCUUGGAAUGCUAGGAGGAGCUGGGGGCAUUCUUGGCAUGCUAGGAGCAGCUGGAGGCAUUCUUGGAAUGCUAGGAGCAGCUGGAGGCAUUCUUGGAAUGCUAGGAGCAGCUGGGGGCAUUCUUAGAAUGCUAGGAGCAGCUGGAGGCAUUCUUGGAAUGCUAGGAGCAGCUGGAGGCAUUCUUGGAAUGCUAGGAGCAGCUGGGAACAUUCUUAGAAUGCUAGGAGCAGCUGGAGGCAUUCUUGGAAUGCUAGGAGCAGCUGGAGGCAUUCUUGGAAUGCUAGGAGCAGCUGGGGGCAUUCUUAGAAUGCUAGGAGCAGCUGGAGGCAUUCUUGGAAUGCUAGGAGCAGCUGGAGGCAUUCUUGGAAUGCUAGGAGCAGCUGGAGGCAUUCUUGGAAUGCUAGGAGCAGCUGGGGGCAUUCUUGGAAUGCUAGGAGCAGCUGGAGGCAUUCUUGGAAUGCUAGGAGCAGCUGGGGGCAUUCUUAGAAUGCUAGGAGCAGCUGGGGGCAUUCUUGGAAUGCUAGGAGCAGCUGGGGGCAUUCUUGGAAUGCUAGGAGCAGCUGGGGGCAUUCUUGGAAUGCUAGGAGCAGCUGGAGGCAUUCUUGGAAUGCUAGGAGCAGCUUUAGGCAUUCUUGGAAUGCUAGGAGCAGCUGGAGGCAUUCUUGGAAUGCUAGGAGCAGCUGGGGGCAUUCUUAGAAUGCUAGGAGCAGCUGGAGGCAUUCUUGGAAUGCUAGGAGCAGCUGGAGGCAUUCUUGGAAUGCUAGGAGCAGCUGGGAGGCAUUCUUGGAAUGCUAGGAGCAGCUGGAGGCAUUCUUGGAAUGCUAGGAGCAGCUGGAGGCAUUCUUGGAAUGCUAGGAGCAGCUGGGAACAUUCUUAG